AUGUCCCAAGACCUUGACCUUGACCCCAGCGACCCUCUGAACCUCUUACUUCAUAAUCGCUCUCAACAUGAUGCCCCGACCGAUACGGAUACGGAUUCAGCGGCAACACCACCCGACUGGAGCUCGCUGAACGGAAUGUGGACAACUCCGGAGGACCACGUUAAAAUGGAUGCUACUUUUGACGUUGACUUUGGUGGACUUCUGGACAUCUCAUUCGAUCCCAACGUUGGCAUUGAGCCUGCCUCACUCAACUACCAAUACACUGCUGAAUUCCCCCAGUUCAGCUUUGGCUCCCCCCAUCUCAGCUCUGCCGCUUCUUCUGAAAGUGGAUCUACAACGGGAUCUUUCUCGCCUCAUGUGGCUUACUCGCCGCCCUCUUCCGACUUCAACGAUGAAGACCCCGCGACCGAGUUGGCUAGCCGUGUUCGAAAGAGUGCGGGAAUUAUGCUUGCUGUUCAGCUCAAUGAUCACCAUCAACCACAUAUUCCUAUACAGCACCCACAGGCACAAGGGCACCCUUCUCCUGUGUUCACUACGGUGCCAGUGUCUGCUCCCAUUCUGGCAGCUGCGCCGACAGCCGCCCAAACGACGACCUCGCGACCCAAGACGAGUCACACUACCAUUGAAAGGCGUUAUCGCACUAACUUGAAUGCACGGAUCCAGUCGCUUCGCGCGGCCGUUCCAGCACUACGAGUUGUCGACCGAGCUGCUGCGAUCAAGGCAGGAGAAGCUCUCACCGUUGAAGACGGCGAAGAUAUAGUUGAUGCCCGUGGUUAUGUUGAUGGUGUCAAGGUCGCACGUAAAUGCUCAAAGGCCAAUGUCCUGGGUAAAGCGGUGGAGUAUAUCAGAGUUUUGAAAAACCGAGAGCAUCGUCUUUCCCGGGAGCUGGCUGGUCUCAAGACUUUACUCGGGGGUCUUGUUGGCGGGAAUGAGCUUCUACGGGAAUGGGAGCGCGAGUGGACUGCUCGGUUCGGUGGGCCGGAGACAGAUGAGGUUGGAGAGAACAUUCCUAUUGAUGAAGAGGCGGAUGACGAAGAAGAAGAAUCGGAUGACGAUGGCUCUGGUCGAAAACGCAAGAAACCCAAGGUUUCGAUUGAGACAAAGCCCAAAGCCGAACGCAAACAAGUCACACCUGUCGUUGAGGGGGAGAAGAAGAAACGUGGCCGUCCGCGCAAAAUUGUGCCUCCUCCAUCUAUCGAACCUUCACCCGCGCUUUCCACAUCGUUACCCCUCAAGCAAGAACCUCACCGCCAGUAUCUCUUGGGAGUUUUUGCCUUGUUCUCUUUUUUCGCUAAUGCGAAUGUUUCCGCUCCCCCUUCACCUCACAAUCACACUCAUCAAGGUCAUGUCUUGAAUCAACUCCCUCCCCCAAGCCAGACCUUCGGCCUCCUCCAGCUCUUCCAUCUGCUUGUUAGCAUAGUCGUGUUGGCAAGCAUUCUCAUUCCUUUAAGCAGGAGUGCUUACCUACGACUACGACUACGAUCUGCCAAUACUGUGAUUGUUCCCGUCACAGAAAAGGCUCCACCCAGUCCAGCACCUUCAGACGAGACAGACACGGAUGAAGCAGGGACAGAACUUUCCUUGUCAAGCAUGAGCGGCGAUGAGACAGUCCUCGCGCCAUCUGGCAUUGCACUUGAUGCUGAAGCUUGUAUCCUUGACCGUUCAACCCCAUUAACAACUCGAAUCCGUACUGCUAUCCGUUUAUAUUCCUCUUCGACACACUCCUCCAACCGUCGUCUGCUAGCCCUCCUCUUGCAUCCGGUUCCCGUUAUCGGCAAGCUUUUUUCUCAGAGUCUGUGGGACCACAACAUUGGGCUUGCUGUUGAUGAAGCUGUUCAGCGAGUCAAUGCAACACGGCCGACAAGCGGGGUUAUACGCAGUCUGGAACAGAGUCUCGCAGUUGACCAGCUUCGCUUCCUCUCAGCGCAGCUGUUCGUGGACGAAGUUUUGGGAAAUAUUAGUGCGGAUUCCGAUCAACAGCAGCAGAUGCUCGACUCUGUCCAAGCCUUGGGAGGUCCAGUGGCCAGAUUAGCUGCCCGUGUUGGACGUGUCAUCGGUGGGGGCUCGCCCCUCUUUUCUCCCAACAACGACGAGAGUGAGCAUGAAGUAGAGAAGCUUCUUGAGGCUACCGUUCUUUACCGACGUCUUUCAUCUGGUGAAUCUUUCGGGACUUCAGAUGCUUUUCUCUUGAGACAACUUCUUGGGAGCAGUGAUGUGUUUGAGCGUGGCGAGGUAGAAGAGGCGAGAGACCGGAUCAUUGACCUCAUUACUGAUCAACAGUAUAUUAAGUAA